UCAAGUAGCGGCGAGGGGCGGGCAUUGCUUGCGAGCUCUUAUCAUUCAUUCAAAAUUAAACACAUGACCGGGAAUAUUACAGUGAACGGACCACGUGUCUCAGUAAUUUAGCCGCUUGUUAUAAUUUCGCUGGGAGAUAUGAAGCGUUCUGCACCUGGCAACAUUGUAUCCGCGCGCUGACACUGCAGUCUGCAGCAAAUUCACUUUUACUUUCUUUUUCUCGUUUGGGAUUAUUAUUAUUAUACACUUUUUUAUUUGGUUGCUGUGGAUUCUGAGAUGGAGAUAUUUCAGUUGUGUUUGUUAUUUCUGUGUGCACUGAGCAAUAUGCGCCUGUUAUUGGCGUCUAAAUUAAAUGUACCGAAGGUGCUGUUGCCCUUUGCUAGAGGCACGAAGAUUAAUUUUACCCUGGAGGUCACUGAGGGCUGCUUCAAGUGGUCCUCAACUAGACCAGAAGUUGCAAGUAUAGACCCUAUAUAUGUCGAUGAAAGGCGAUGUUCACAAAAAGCAGUUGUGCAGGCGCGUGCAUCUCACCCGACUCGGUCAACCAGCAUCAUUUUAGCAGAAGAAAUAUUUACCGGUCAAGUUCUGCGUUGUGAUGCAAUCGUUGACAUCAUUGAUUACAUCCAAAUUGUGUCAACAACCAGAGAACUUUAUUUGGAGGAUUCACCAUUGAAAUUAAAAAUACAAGCUUUGGACUCGGAAGGAAACACAUUUAGCACUUUGGCUGGAUUAGUUUUUGAUUGGCAAGUAGUAAAAGAUGCAGAAAAUGAUGGCUUCCCUGAUUCACACAAUACAUUAAGAAUUCUCAAAUUUUUGGAAUCCACCUAUGUCCCCCCUACAUAUAUUAUGGAAAUGGAAAAAGUAGCUAAACAGGGAGAUACAAUUUUGGUGUCUGGGACUAAGACUGGAAGCUCUAAACUCAAAGCUAAAAUAUUAGAAUCUGUUUAUGAGAAAGUGAAUCCUGCAGAGGUUAGACUGCUUAUUUUAGAACAAAUCCUCAUUAAUCCAGCUGAUGUUUAUCUUCUUGUGAGCUCUUCUAUACAGUACAGAGUACAAAAGAUAAAACAAGGAAAGAUCACAGAUUUGGUUAUGCCAUCUGACCAGUAUACAUUACAGCUUCGGAACCACAUAGCAAUGCCAAUCAGAAACGAUGAACCUGUUGCUAAACUGGAUCAAAGUACAUCAACUGUCACUGCAUUACAGCAAGGUCAAACAAAUAUUGUGCUUAUCCAUAAAAGUAUCCAUAUGGAUGGAGCAUCACGGCUUCCAAAUGGCACCAUCUAUGUUGUUGCUGGAUACUUAGGUUUUACAGUGCAUCCUGGUGACAGAUGGGUUCUUGAAACUGAUAGACAUUAUGAAAUUACAAUUGAAGUUUAUGAUAAGUCGAGUAACAAAGUCUAUUUAUCUGAUAAUAUUCGGAUAGAGGUAAAGAUGAUUAAUGAAUACUUUGAAGUACUUGAAAGCUCUCUAAAUGGUUCCUAUCAUCGUGUAAAAGUGCUAAAAAGUGGUCAGACCACUAUAGAUGCUGCAUUAACAUGCAUGGUUGAUCAGGAUGGAGGUGUACAUGUUCUUCAAAACCCUGUUAGAAACCAACAAGAAGUAGAAAUAUACACACCGAUAAAACUUUCACCAAAGAUAUUGACGUUUCCAUGGCAGCCAAGACCAGAGGCCUACCAGUAUACAAUAAAGGUAAAAGGUGGAAGUGGGAACUUUAGCUGGUCCUCGUCAAACAACAAUGUCGCAACAGUGACAGUGAAAGGACUAAUGACAACGGGAGAGGAUAUCGGAGUUAGUGUCAUACGAGCAUCUGAUGUCCAGAAUCUGCUGCAUUAUGGAGAAAUGAAGGUUUUUGUCAUAGAACCCAAUGGUAUGGAAUUCAUUCCUUGUCCAGUUGAGGCUCGUAUUGGAAACAAACUGGAAUUACCGCUGAAAAUAUUUGGCCUACUGAAUGGAGACGAAGUUGUCACAUUGAGUGAUUGCUCAAAUUUUGAUUUGACAGUUGAUGUGGAAACUCCUGGCUUAUUUAGAAUAUUACCCGGGAAACUGAAGCCUGGUUCUGAUUACUGUAGCGGCAUUACAGCACAAGCGGAAACUCAGGGAUACACAACAAUACAUGUGAGCUAUAAUCACGGUCACAUCCAUCUUAAGGCCAAAAUCAUUAUCGCUGCAUAUUUGCCAUUAAGGACAAUUGACCCUUCUUUAGUUGCUCUAGUUACUCUUGGGGCUUCUAAAGACAUGUUGUUUGAAGGAGGCCCCAAGCCAUGGGUGCUUGAACCGCUUAAGUUCUUCAGGAAUGUAUCUGCUGAAAAUAAGGACACUACACACCUAUCCAUGCUUAAUUCUCCACUGUCACGGAGUCAUUUGCAACACUGGGCAAGAGCAGUUUGCAGAGAGCUUGGUGAUCAAGUUAUUUCUUUAACUGUUGGUAAUAACCCAACAGAGACCAACCCAUUCCCCGCUAUUGAACAUGUGUUUCUGAAAAUAAGCUGUUGUCCUCCGUCACGUUUCACUCUGACUCCCUUAUAUGAACAUUCACAUAUGGAUCUUAUAUGUCCGCUAGUGCAACAAAACAAACAGUUGAUCCCUGUUUCCAAUUAUCAAAAUCAGAUUUUACACUUGGCAGCAUAUGAUCAUCAAGGUCAAAAGUUUGAUAAUUUUAGCUCUUUGAGCAUUAAGUGGGAUUCCUCUAAAGUAAGUGUGGCUAGCUUUGAUUCAGCAAAGCCAAUGGAACUUAUACAAAAAGAAGAUGGGAGUAAUCAGACAAAAAUGGAAGGUUUGAACACUGUUUAUGUCCAUCAAGUAUCUGGAACAACAGUCGUCAUGGCUCAGACAAAUGGUUAUCAGGACUCUUACCUCAAAACAGCUAAUGUCAGACUGCCGAUUAAACCUUUUAUGCCAGUCUCUUCUAAUCUGGAACUUUUGCUUGUGGAAGACGUGGAAGUAAAUCCAAGUUCUAUAACCAUUUACAAUCAUCCAGAUGUUACGGCUGAAUUCAAGGUUUCAGAAGGAUCUGGUUACUUCUUUAUUAACAGCAGCAUUUCGAAUAUUGUAACUACAUCAUUUCAAGAGACAAAGGGGAUUGUCACUGUUUAUCCGUUGCACCCUGGGACAUUGACCGUAAUGGUGCAUGACUUAUGUCUGGCUUUUCCAGCUCCUGCUAAUGUCAAUAUUCACGUUUCGGAUAUUUUUCAAGUUGAUGUUACAGUUGUUGAUAAGGUAGAAAUUGGAAAAUCUGUAAAAGCUUAUGUGAGAGUCCUAGAUGCCUCAAAGAAGCCUUUUCUUGCUAAAUACUUUGCAUAUAUGAAUUUGGAGUUGGGGACAUCAUCAGAGAUAGUGACAAUUAAACCAAUCAGGGAAAACAUUGAUAACUGUACAGCAGUAUUUACUCUUCAUGGCAUGGUCAUAGGACAGACCAGCCUUACUGCUACUGCUAUGGACAAAACUGGUAACAGAAUUGGUUCUUUACCAAGACCGCUUGAGGUUUUCCCACCAUUCAGACUGUUUCCAAGGAAAGUUGUACUAAUUAUUGGUGCAGUGAUGCAGAUCACCUCUGAGGGUGGCCCACAGCCACAAUUAAACAUCCUUUUCUCUGUCACUGAUGAGAAUAUUGCAUCUGUCAGCAGCAAUGGCUACAUCACAGGAGUGUCUGUGGGCAACGGGACAGUAACUGGAGUUGUUGAAGCUUUAGACACAGAAUCUGGAAAGGUUGUCAUUGUUUCAGAGGAUAAAGUAGAAGUUGAGGUUGUUCAGCUUAAAGCAGUUAGAAUUCAUGCACCUAUAACAAGAGUGAAGACCGGUACACAGAUGCCAGUGUAUGUCAUGGGUAUCACCAGCAACCAAACCCCAUUUUCAUUUGGUAACGCUGUACCAGGGCUUACAUUCCAGUGGUCUGUGGUCAAGAGGGAUUUCAUAGAUCUAAGAAGCCGGCAUGAAGAGGCAUCUGUUGAACUUCCCAUGCAAUAUAACUUUGCUAUGAACGUUUAUGCUAAAAUGAAGGGGAAAACUGGACUCAAAGUUACUGUGAGAGCAACUGACCCCAGGGUGAAGCAGUUUUACAAGCUGGCGCAUGAGCUGUCUGAUGAAAUACAUAUUCAGGUGUUCGACAGACUUCAAUUAACAAAUCCAGAUGUGAAAGCUGAACAAAUAUUAAUGUCGCCCAAUUCAUUUUUAAAACUUCAAACAAGCAGAGAUAGUGUAGCAGAUAUAAGUUACCGUAUACUGAGUGGUCCAAGCAAGUUUCAAGUUGCACAAGUUGAUGAGAACGGAUUGGUUUCUUCAGGGUCACUAACUGGUGUAUCACACUUGGAAGUAAACUCGCAAGAGCCUUUUGGAAUCAAUCAAACUAUUACAGUAUUGGUCAAGGUGUCUCCAGUUUCUUACCUGCGUAUUGUGGACCAGCCCAGUCCUUUGUAGGAAAUAGUCCAUUCUCUUUCUGCUUUUCCUUUGGGACUAACAUUAAAUUUGUCAGUCCAAUUCCAUGACAACACUGGAGAUAUAUUUCACUCUCAGAAUGCUAUUCUCAACUUUGCAGCUAACAGGGAUGAUUUUGUACAGAUUGGAAAAGGAGAUAAAAAUAACACUUUUGUAGUACACACUGCUAAUGUUGGAUUUACUAUAUUCAGCGUCUGGGAUACUGAAAAUAGUGCAAUCUCUGAUUAUGUGCCACUGCCUGUACAGCACAGCAUUUACCCUGAUUUGAAAGAAGAAACUGUAGUUGGAGAUGUCAUUUGUUUCUCAUGCCUGCUGACUAACCAAGAAGGUACUGCAGGUAUAUGGAGCUCAUCCUCUAGCACUGUGCUGCAGAUUGAUCAGAAAACUGGUGUUGCUUUAGCUAAAGAUGUGGGAUUGACUACAGUCUACUAUGAAAUUCCUGGACUUUUGAAGGCGUACAGGGAGAUCUUAAUUCAUUCAUCACAAAAAACGAGAGCAGUGGAUUCAAAUGGAGAAAAAAUCAAUUUGCAUUCAGCAAAUGCCUAUCAAUUCAUUAUUGAAAUAGGUGAUAAGGGCAUUAAUUUAAAAGGUGAAUGUACAACUGGCCAGAUCGAAGCUAUUAAAGCACUUCAUCCAGAAAAUAUGAUCAACUGUCAUAUGGAUUUUAAUGAACAAUCACUAGAAAUUCCCCCAUUUGAAAUCUUUACUGCAAUACCUGGGUUUGAUGUGAAGUCUGGUCAUUACACUUGUUCUGUCACAAGACAUAAACUUACCGAGAGCCAGCUUAAACAUCUCAGCAUGGGUGAUAUUUCCCUAACUGUAACAGCAUCAGUUAUUGGAAUUAACGUCUACAGAGAGCAAGUCGGUGCAAAUGUUCCAAUUUUUCCUGGCUUUUAUGUUAAUCAGAAAGACAUUGUUCUUAGCAAUAACUAUGCAACAUCGGAACUCAAAAUAUUUGGAGCAGAGGAAGUACUAAAAAAUCUAGAGGUCAAAUCAGACUCUCCUGUGGUUGCUGUCUAUCAAAAACAAAGAUCCUAUGGGUUACCAAGUUUUUUAACGUACGAAGUUAGUAUUACUGAUGUCAAAGUUUUAAGCCAAGGUUCUUUAUUCACUACACUCACAAUAUCCAGCUAUCUGUCUGAGCAAACUAUUAAUGUUCCUGUUAAACUGAUUUCAGUAACUGGACCACCAGUGACUUCAACUGAGGGACAUGGUUUCUUUCAAGGUGCCCUUGAUUCUUACCAAAUGCUAUUCUUUACGCUUUUUGCAAUCUUGGCAGGUUUUGCAAUUAUGAUAAUAGUGACUGCAUGAUCUCCACUGUGUUUCUUGUCUCAUUUUCUUCAGAAUAAGGUUUUGCAGUCCCCAGCUACUUGUACAAAUCAAACUAAAUCAAGUAGAAGAAGCAAUCCACAAUUUAGGCUGCUAUGGACUCCAGAAAAUGCAUCCAAUUAAAGCAUGUUGAUUUAAUACCUAAACAAGUUUUUCUUAUCAUUUUUUAGAAAUGUGUUACUGUGAGUUUUAUGUGUUUUGACAUAUUUUUACUUGAAUGUAUUUGUACUUUAUUUCUGUCCUGUUAUGUUCUUUGUCCCCUCUUAAUUAGAUGUGUAACUAAGUUCUUGUUUUUAAGCUUAAAGAGACAUAAUAAUUAAAAUCAAAAUAUGCAUGAGUGUAUUUCAUUUUUUAAAUGUAAGCAUAUUUAUAAAUACAAAAAUAAAUAUACUUAUCUUAAAACUUGAAAUGCACUCAUGCAUGAGUCAAUAUCAAUUACUAAGUUCUUUCAUGUUAUUUUUUUAUUUCUUGUAUACCAAUUGUUUCUUGUCAAGAUAAUUUAGAGAUAUGUUGCAUAUUUAAUUGCAUAAAUAUAACUAAGGACCACAAUUUAAAAGAAAAUUGAUGAGUUUAAAAAUCAAUGCAGUUAAAAAUCAUUGACUAAAAUAUUUCACAAAAGUGAAACAUGCUAACAAAGAACAAAAUUGAUACACUUCACUCAGGGAAAUCUUAUCAAAUCACUGUGAUAUCUGGAAAGGGCUUAUUUAUGUUAUUAUAAAUAAUUUUGUAUGAUAAAAAAAUGCAGUCAUAUUGAUUUACGUUACAUUACUGGUUGCUGAUGUUUAUUCUACGGUGAGAUGCCUAGUAUUAAAGGGAUACUAAACCAACAAUUUUUCUUUCAUGACUCAGAUAGAGCAUGUCAUUUUAGGCAACUUUCUAAUUUACUCCUAUUAUCAUUUUUUCUUUAUUCUCUUGCUAUCUUUAUUUGAAAAAGCAGGAAUCAAAGCUAAGGUGCUGGCUCGUAAGCUUACAUUCUUGCUUUUUCAAAUUAAAGAUAGCAAGAGAAUAAAGAGAAAUUAGAACAUGCAAUUGUCAGCAACUUUCUAUCUGAAUUCUGAAAGGAAAAAAUGGGUUUAAUAUCAGUGUGCAAGUUUGGCUUAAUGUCUAUAAAAACUUUCAGUUUAACUCAGGUACAUUAUGCUAUGAUAUAUGAAGCCUUUAAUGUGAGCCAUAAUAUUUUUAUUUAACUGUGAAUUUGCUUUGCGAAAAAAAGUCCAGCCAUUAAUAAAUAAUUAUUUAGAUGCUGUAUUUGCGUUAACCCUAAUUUCAUAGAUAUUAGAAAACUAAAUAUCAUAAUAUAGCCUAAUAUUAAUAGCAAAUCAUAAGUUCUACUGAUACCUUAUUCAUCAAGUAUACAAAGCAGCGGCUGUUGCUUUUGAGCACUCAUGUGAGUCUGCUUUCUGCAAUAUAAGAAGCAGUGGCCAUCAAACUUUGGGCAGAGAUAAAGCACCUCAAAAAAGAAGCAGUGGGCAGAAGUGGCCCUUUCACCACAAAAGGGGAGAUGUGCCCCUUGCCCCCCCCCCUUUUUUGUGUGUGUUUGUUUUUUAAUACAUGAAUAGCUCCAAAUUAAAAGUUGUUUUCAAUGUAACAAUAUUGAAUAAAAUAUAAAUAUAUAUGCUGAUGUAUUAUUGUAUGCAUAAUUUUUUUCAUAUUCUAAAGCUUGCAACCAAUGCCCUUGUGCCUUACUAUACUUUUUAAUUCUGUUUGCUUUACACCAGUAUUUCUUUGUACAAUAAACGUAUCAUAACUGUCUCUAUUA